AUGUCAGCAACUUACGUAGACGAGGCUAGAGCUUCAAUGCCGGCCCCCAACGUCAUGAUGGCAAUACCUGGACAGGUGCAGCCACCCGUGUCCAACGGAGUCGGCUCGUCGUCCAUUGCCAAACGCAUCCACAGAGAAGUCAGAUUCGGCAACUAUAUCUUGGGCUCCACCCUCGGUGAGGGAGAGUUCGGGAAGGUCAAACUUGGGUGGAGAAAGGACGGGAAACAGCCCUCCCAGGUGGCUAUCAAGCUCAUCAAGCGUGACUCUAUCUUGAAGGACUCUGACAGCGAGAUUAAAGUACAUAGAGAAAUCAACUCAUUAAAGUUGUUGAACCACCCAAACAUCGUCAACCUCGUGGAGGUGAUGAAGCUGGGAAAAUACAUCGGAAUUGUGUUGGAAUACGCCUCCGGUGGUGAAUUGUUCGACUACAUUUUGCAUCACAAGUACCUCAAGGAGAACGUAGCCAAAAAGCUCUUCGCCCAAUUAGUGAGCGGAGUCGACUACAUGCAUUCCAAGGGCCUUAUCCACAGAGAUUUGAAGUUGGAGAACUUGUUACUCGACAAGCACAAAAAUGUGAUUAUCAGUGACUUUGGUUUUGUCAACUCCUAUAACAGAGACAAGAAUGACCUCAUGAAGACCAGCUGUGGCUCGCCCUGUUACGCGGCACCUGAGUUGGUUUUGACUCAGUCCCCUUACGAAGGAAGGAAAGUAGAUAUCUGGUCCUUGGGAGUCAUUUUAUAUGCCAUGCUCUCUGGGUACUUGCCCUUUGACGAUGACCCAGAGAACGAGGAUGGAGCUGAUAUUGUAAGAUUGUAUCACUACAUCUGUAAGACUCCGUUGACGUUCCCAGAGUACGUUAGUCCCUUAGCAAGGGAUUUGCUCAGAAAAAUCAUUGUUCCUGACCCCAAGAAAAGAAUCAACAUGAAUGACAUCAGAAACCACCCAUGGCUCACGCCCCACGUCAACUUGUUGUCCAUCAGACAGCCAGAGUGGGACAGAAUUUACAAGGAAAACAGACAACCACCAAAUACCGUUCAACAGAAUGCCAACAAGAGGUUUUCUAUGCUCAACGAGAGAACUAGUAGCAGUGCAUUGAUGCCAAAGCAUGGUAGAUCAAGUAGCAACGGUGGAAUUAACCCCUCAUCCGCCACCACACUGUCUUCAUUGGCCAAUGCCAUUGCCUUACCAUCCUCAAAGUCAUCCUCAACAAUCACUAUCAACUAUAACUUUAACAACAAUACAAACGCUGGAUCUACUUCUGGAAACGGUGGUGAUUCUGACAAUUCCUCUGCCACACCAUCGCCCACUAAACAAUUCACUCGUGGCCACGCCAAAUCCGCAUCUAUGUCAUCAUCAAAUCAUCAACAACCUCAAAAUCUCAUCUUCCAUCAAUCUGCUGCCAGUACAGCCCUUAAGGCUGUUGUAUCGGACAGCAACAACUUCAAGAGAAACUCUAUUUCAUCAAUUACAUCGCUCACCAGCUCCAUCGGGGGCGGAGGAGCAGUUAAUGGCUCUUCAACUAACAUCAGCAAUAGUCUUUCACGCUCUUCUACAUAUAAUGGUGCUAUUUCGACAAUUGUAGAAAGUCCUACGAAGACGUACUUGAGAAAUCCAAUGGAUAAGAACAACACAAGCGCAUCGGCAGCAGCAGCAUUAUCCGCAGCAGCAUUGGCAGCAAGACAACAACAACAGCAACAGGCUAAGACUUCUAUCCCCGAAGGUUCCGCUUUUAUAUCCCUUUUGCCUUCAAGAGCUGGUUAUAAUUCUACUAGACUUCCCCACUCAGAGAAGAAACCUAGACCAACAUCUUACCACCCUUCAUCGAUGUCAUCUACAUUAAUUUCCAACUCAAAUGCUGAAAGUGUUGUCAGUGGAAUCUUAGACUACAUGAGCCCAUUGAAUCUUCAAAUCCCUCAAUUUUUGUCGAGUUCCCCAACGAAGUCUUCUCCAAUAGCAGACUCUGAUACAUCCCCGGUACCUGAAGGUAACAACAGCAAUAAUAACAAUAACAAUAGUAGCCCUACUUCCACGGGUGUUAAAUUGAAUGCAAGAAGAAAUUCGGCAGUCACUCCUAUUAACGUUAAUGGCGUUUUAACGAGCGAAAACGAAAGCAACAAGAAUUCAGUUUUGAACUACUUGGAAGAUAAAAUCGAUGCAUUGGAAUUGACUGAUCUGCAUAGUCCUAGCAAAGAACAGUUCACUCCUCAAGAUAAACAGGCUACUGUAGAUGAGGCUGCGAGCGUACCAAAGCCAAAGCAAAGACCACUUUCACAGAAUGUAGAAUCAUUGAUUCCAAAGGUCUUGGAAGAUUUUAAGAAAGAAAAGGCCAAGGAAAGAGAAAGAGAGAGAGAGAAGGAAAAGGAAAAGGAAAAGGAAAUAAUUGAAAAUCAUCAACCCCGCGAGAGAAAGCAAAGAGUUUCAAGUAUUCCUAGUAGCAAUUCUACAUCGACUCUUGCAAGGGAAAACAAAGAAGAUAAAGAGAAUAAGAAGCGUAAUAGGUUUAGCAUUCUUUCCUUUUACAGUACUUACAAUUCUUCGCUGAACAACAUAGCUUCACAUUCGACCGAGACACCACAGGUUCAUCAACAGUCAACAAAGGUAGCUGCUCCUGUUGUAAAGUCUCCCUCAACAAAGAAGAUAUUAGAACCAUCUUCUGAUGCCAAUAUUGCGGCUAACUCCAAGGAUAAGAAGAGAAUUGGAUCUUCUGGAUCUUCACGCUCUACUGCAUCCAGGAAGUCCGUCAAUAGUCCAUCCACGAAUUCAAACGGAGGCAAAGAGGCAAGUGCAGCCAGAAAGGUUAUGGAUUUCUUCAAGCGUAGAAGCGUGAGAAUUGGUUAG